CAAGUACAGAAGCUGAAGAAGAGAGGUUGAUCAGAAGGUGAAGCGUCUAAACUGCAUAGCCUCAUCAUCAAAAAUAUCAAACGGAAAGCACAAGAAGAGGAAGAAGACGACGAAGCAGCUUUUUCAGCUUAAUUCCCAGCCAUGGCGGAUGAGUUUCAGACCGGUAUUUGCAGCGGAAACUGGUGGGAUUCAUCGAGGAACAGGUAUGAAAGCGCUUCAUCGCCUGCGUCUACUGUGCUCACGAGUGUGGGAAGCUAUGCAUGGCAACCGGAUAUGGUGGACAUCAAGGCAACUAGGUCUGCUUCCAUGGAUUCGGUGUCGGUCUCCGGUACUACCUCCGUUGUUUUUCCGGACACCCAGAAGAUGCAAGGGCCUGAUUCUUCCAGUGGCGGUGGCGGCGGUGGUGGCGUGUUGGCGGAUCCGAAUUUGCAGAUGAUGGGUCUAGGCCUAUCAUCCCAGGCCAUGGAUUGGAACCAAGCGUUAUUGCGCAGUGGAAAAGCUGAGAGCAGCUUCGGUUCGAUGCUUCAAGAUCAAGACAUGAGCUCGAAUUCGAAUUUUAACGCAGAUCAAGCUCAAUGGAGGCAGAAACUAUUUUCGGGGAGCUGUGAAGAUUCAUCAGGGACCGAGUAUAAGCAAGUGAACCGGGGUUUUUCGCUGGAUCAGCCGCAGUUUAGUUCCCAUAGCAGUCCCGGUGAAAGUACGGUGACAUGCCAGGGCCUACCGACAAGUUUUCAGGUAGAUUCCUCAGUGUAUGGUAGUCCUUCCACCAUACUACAAGGACUAUUGGGAUCAGAUCAUCAGCAAAACCAGUCCUCCUUCGAGAACCGACCGAUGAAUUAUCCGUAUUUAGGAACCUAUGGCGUUAACUCUAAUGAGUUCUUGCCUUCCUGGUCUAAAGUCCCUCAAUUCUUGAGAACUUCACCUCCAAAACAGCCAUCGCAUACCCAGUUACACUUCUCCAACAACGCGCCCUUUUGGAAUGCAUCCGCGGCGGCCAUGGCUGCUGACAGUAGACCCAGCUUCUCACCAACCUUGCAACCUCAAUUUUCCACACCUACCUUCAAUGAAAAACCAAAGAAUUCUUCAGAGAUUCGGGACAUAAGCUCAGUGGCGAAGAAAAGUAGCGGUGAAACAGGAACCAAAAGGCCACGAAGUGAGACACCAUCGCCUUUGCCAGCUUUUAAGGUGAGGAAAGAGAAGAUGGGGGACAGAAUCACUGCACUCCAACAAUUGGUUUCGCCUUUCGGAAAGACUGACACAGCCUCAGUGCUCUCUGAAGCUAUUGAAUACAUCAAGUUUCUCCAUGAACAAGUUAGUGCUUUGAGUACUCCAUACAUGAAAAGUGGAGCAUCCAUACAACACCAGCAGAAUUCUGAGAAGUCUAAGGAGCCUGAAGGACCCAGACAGGAUCUCAGAAGCCGAGGACUGUGUCUGGUACCCGUUUCAAGCACCUUCCCGGUCACCCAUGAGACCUCUGUUGAUUUCUGGACACCUACAUUUGGAGGAACAUUCAGGUAGAGGAAAUUAACUGAGCCAUCGAAGUCUGAGGCACAGAAACCAAUUAAUAUAUUUCUCCCCAACUAUACUAUCUACCUAAUCAAACCCUAGCCAAGCUGGGAAUGAUAAGAUCAACCACGACAACAACAAAAGUACAGAAAACACAGCAGCCAGCCAUGUACUAAUUAAAGAAAUGGUGACAGACAAGGAAGGAGGAGAUGGCCCUUCAAAGAACAGGCCAUUAUUAGGGUAACAACAGGAAAAUGUUUGCAGGUUUGGCUGAUAAUUGGCACCAAUGAGGCUGAAUAAAGUAUUGUAAUGAUUGAAGAAUUAUGGAUAAGUACUAGGGGUGGGAGGCAUGGUUUAGGAUUAAUAGAAACAGGUGCUAAUGCUUAGUUUUAGAGAUAAUUUGUUGUUAAUUAGUAGGUGAAUUUAGCAGAAAGGGAGGAUAAAGCUGCUAAGCUAGCUAGAAGGUUUUAUUUGUUCAUGUUUUGUGUAUGUAUUUGAAUGUGAAUAGAGCUGGCACUACCUUUAGUUUAAGAGAAGAAAGAAAAAAAGUGGAAACAAAGAGAAAAGAAAUGAAGGGAAUAAUUGAAUUCCAGAAUAGAAGUGAGUGUAUGUGGGGAGGUCUCAAAUUGAUUUGAAAUCUUUCACUUUUGGUUUGUUU